GGGAGGAGGUGGCAGCAAACACCAUUGCUUUAUAUUCACCUUGGUGAAAAAUGAUAUUUAGUUCGGAGCCUGUUCAAGUAAAUCUUUCUCCUUAUUCCCACCCUGCCUUCAGUGGUAUUCAUUGGAGCUAGCAAUCAAUGGAUUCCUUCCCCUUUGGGAUUAGCUUGACCUACAGAAGCUGACAUAAUACAGGCAAGCGCUUGUUACUCUAUCUGAAUUGUCCAUCUGUACCUUAAUGAGUGAAAUAGUUAAGCAGCCGAGGGGGCAAGCCGCAAGGAAUGUGUCUUCCAUUUGAGUUGAAUAUUUCGAUGUAUAGGGGGAGAGGGAGGGAGGCAGAGAGAGAUCCACUUACAUCAUUAGAACUGCAUUGAGUGUGCCUGUGUGCCGGUUAAGAGACAGACUACAGUGUCUUUGCUUUCUGCAGGAAGCAGCAAUGCCGUUUGUAUCCUAAGAGGAAUUUUUUAUUUAGAAAAGGAAGCGUUCUUUCUACCCAGGAAAUGGCUUUCCUUGUGCGUUGCUAUGCCAACUGCCUGCAGCCAUGGUCUUCCAAAGUAAGCACAAUAACGUAAUUAUAUUGGCGUAUUACAUUCAGACUCAUGAUUCUCUAGGUUUUUCUCUGUGUAUGUGCCUUUGGUGUUUUUGUUUUUUGUUUUUUCCCCUUAGUGACUCUUGAUGGUAGGCAUAGUUUCCUUGAAUGUGAGGGACAGGCAUCAUUAAAUUAAAUGUCCGUCAAUGUCAUGCCGCUUGGAUUAAUUGUGUGAACUUGGUUAGUUGAGUGGAACAGAGAUCACUGGUCACCCUGUCAGCAUCAUUAGCAGCCAGAGGGGAGGUCCCUAUUCACAUGCUCUGCCCUGAUUUUUUAUUUUUUUUAAUGGGGUGAGGGGCUCUCUAUUACUGUGAUUGCAAAUUAAACAGGAGUAUUAACAAUGCUUGGCUGAAUGCAGGAAGCUGGUUCCCGCACCCUUACUAAUAUAAUACUGUAUUAAGCUUUUUUGAGGGAGUCUGUGUGCAGUCAGCCAUUUUAGCUUUUCUUCCCCCCCCCUCUUUUUCCUCCCUUUCGCUCUCAGGGAAUGCUCUCGUUCUUGUAGAAGAAUGCUGGAUAUGUAUGGUGUUACCAGGCACUUUACAUCCUUGCACGCUUAAGACUUCGAGUGUUAUAAAAAUGGAGACAAUUGCUGCUGUUUGGAUUGCUUUUCUGCACUACAAGUGUGAGAGAUUUUGUGAACGGCACUUUGAGCUCUUGGCUUGGUUUUUCCCUUGGUUUUUGUUUGUUUAGUUUAAUGCAGUAGAGGAUGAUUUGCUAUCCAUGAGAAAUUGGUACAUGAUGUGUAAAUUCAGUUCAGCAUAUGUUUGUUCAUUAUGAAACCUCUUGCAAUCCCAGCUAACCAUGGAGUUAUGGGCCAGCAGGAGAAACACUCUCUUCCUGCAGAUUUCACAAAAUUGCACCUCACUGACAGUCUCCACCCACAGGUGACCCACGUUUCAUCUAGUCAUUCAGGAUGUAGUAUCACUAGCGACUCUGGAAGCAGCAGCCUGUCUGAUAUCUACCAGGCCACAGAGAGUGAAGCUGGCGAUAUGGAUCUGAGCGGGUUACCAGAGACAGCAGUGGAUUCUGAGGAUGAUGAUGAUGAAGAGGAUAUUGAGAGGGCUUCUGAUCCUCUUAUGAGCAGGGAUAUUGUUAGAGAUUGCCUGGAGAAAGACCCAAUAGACAGGACAGAUGAUGAUAUUGAACAACUCCUGGAAUUCAUGCAUCAGUUACCCGCUUUUGCUAAUAUGACUAUGUCAGUGAGGAGAGAACUCUGUGCUGUGAUGGUGUUUGCAGUCGUAGAAAGGGCGGGGACCAUAGUUCUAAAUGAUGGAGAAGAGCUGGACUCCUGGUCUGUUAUUUUGAAUGGUUCGGUGGAAGUAACCCAUCCCGAAGGAAGAUCAGAAAUAUUAUGCAUGGGAAACAGUUUUGGUGUUUCCCCUACCAUGGACAAAGAAUACAUGAAAGGAGUAAUGAGAACCAAAGUAGAUGAUUGCCAGUUUGUGUGCAUAGCCCAGCAAGAUUAUUGCCGCAUCCUCAACCAAGUGGAGAAAAACAUGCAGAAGGUAGAAGAGGAAGGAGAGAUUGUUAUGGUUAAAGAACAUAGGGAAUUGGAUCGCACUGGAACAAGAAAGGGUCACAUUGUUAUCAAGGGAACGCCGGAAAGGUUGACAAUGCAUUUGGUGGAAGAACAUUCAGUGGUUGAUCCAACAUUUAUCGAGGAUUUCCUGUUGACCUACAGGACAUUUCUUUCCAGCCCGAUGGAAGUGGGGAAGAAGUUAUUGGAGUGGUUCAAUGAUCCUAGCCUCAGGGAUAAGGUUACACGGGUAGUAUUGUUGUGGGUGAACAAUCACUUCAAUGAUUUUGAGGGAGAUUCUGCAAUGACUCGUUUUCUGGAAGAAUUUGAGAACAAUUUAGAAAGAGAGAAAAUGGGUGGACAUCUGAGGCUGUUAAAUAUUGCAUGUGCUGCUAAAGCGAAACGAAGAAUGAUAACGUUAACAAAGCCAUCUCGGGAAGCCCCUUUGCCUUUCUUCUUAUUGGGAGGAUCUGAAAAGGGAUUUGGAAUAUUUGUUGACAGUGUCGAUUCAGGUAGCAAAGCCACUGAAGCAGGCUUGAAACGUGGUGAUCAGAUAUUGGAGGUAAAUGGCCAAAACUUUGAAAACAUUCAGCUAUCUAAAGCCAUGGAAAUUCUUCGAAAUAACACACAUUUGUCUAUCACUGUGAAAACUAACUUAUUUGUUUUUAAGGAACUUCUAACAAGAUUGUCAGAGGAGAAAAGAAACGGCGCUCCUCAUCUUCCUAAAAUUGGUGAUAUUAAAAAAGCAAGCCGUUAUUCCAUACCAGAUCUUGGAGUUGACGUGGAGCAGGUGAUAGGAUUGGAAAAAGUAACCAAGAAGAGCAAAGCCAACACUGUUGGUGGGCGAAACAAGCUCAAGAAGAUACUAGACAAAACCCGCAUCAGUAUCCUGCCUCAGAAACCAUACAAUGAUAUUGGAAUUGGCCAAUCUCAGGAUGACAGCAUUGUGGGACUGAGGCAGACCAAGCACAUUCCUCCUGCUCUGCCAGUCAGUGGAACACUGUCUUCAAGCAAUCCUGACUUAAUGCAGUCACAUCACCGCAUCUUAGAUUUCAACACAACCCCAGAUUUACCAGACCAGGUUCUGAGGGUUUUUAAGGCAGACCAACAAAGCCGCUACAUUAUGAUCAGUAAGGACACAACUGCAAAGGAAGUGGUUAUUCAAGCAAUCCGAGAGUUUGCUCUAACCACCACCCCAGAUGCAUAUUCUUUAUGUGAAGUUUCAGUCACUCCAGAGGGAGUAAUCAAGCAGAGGAGGCUUCCAGAUCAACUUUCCAAGCUUGCUGACAGAAUACAGCUUAGUGGAAGGUAUUAUCUGAAGAACAACAUGGAGACAGAAACCUUGUGUUCAGAUGAAGAUGCUCAGGAAUUGCUGAGAGAGAGUCAAAUUUCUUUAUUGCAACUCAGUACUGUUGAGGUGGCAACCCAACUCUCUAUGCGUAACUUUGAACUGUUCCGUAACAUUGAACCUACAGAAUACAUAGAUGACUUGUUUAAACUGAAAUCUAAGUCUAGCUGUACUAACUUGAAAAAGUUUGAAGAGGUAAUAAACCAAGAAACCUUUUGGGUGGCAUCUGAGAUUCUGCGAGAAACCAACCAGCUGAAAAGGAUGAAGAUAAUUAAGCACUUCAUUAAGAUAGCAUUGCACUGCAGGGAAUGCAAGAACUUCAACUCCAUGUUUGCAAUAAUAAGUGGCCUAAACUUAGCUCCAGUUGCAAGAUUACGAACUACUUGGGAAAAACUUCCAAGCAAAUAUGAAAAAUUGUUUCAAGAUCUUCAGGAUUUAUUUGAUCCAUCUAGGAACAUGGCAAAAUAUCGCAAUGUCCUGAAUAGCCAAAAUCUACAGCCUCCUAUUAUUCCAUUGUUCCCUGUAAUCAAAAAGGACCUUACAUUCCUCCAUGAAGGAAAUGAUUCCAAAGUGGAAGGUUUGGUCAAUUUUGAGAAAUUACGAAUGAUCGCAAAAGAGAUUCGCCAUGUGGGUCGAAUGGCUUCUGUUAACAUGGAUCCUGCUUUAAUGUUCAGGACUAGGAAGAAGAAGUGGAGGAGUUUGGGGUCUCUCAGUCAAGGCAGUACAAAUGCAGCAGUCCUUGAUGUUGCACAAACAGGUGGACAUAAAAAGCGGGUCCGACGCAGCUCCUUCCUGAAUGCCAAAAAGUUAUAUGAAGAUGCUCAGAUGGCUCGGAAGGUCAAGCAGUAUCUCUCCAAUUUGGAUCUGGAAAUGGAUGAAGAGAGCCUUCAGGCACUCUCCCUACAAUGUGAACCAGCCAGCAAUACAUUACCCAAGACUCCAGGGGAAAAACGGUCCGGAAAACCUGAAACAUCGCCAGUCGCACAUAGGUCAGGGAUCCAGCAGAAAGUGCAACAGCAACAGCAGCACAAAGCAAACCAAGCACUGCAGGUCCCUGCUGUAUCACUUUAUCCCUCUCGUAAGAAAGUACCAGUCAAAGACCUUCCACCCUUUGGCAUAAACUCUCCACAAGCUUUAAAGAAAAUUCUUUCACUCUCUGAAGAGGGAAGCUUGGAUCGUCAUAAGAAACAAGCAGAGGACACAAUUUCAAAUGCAUCUUCACAGUUAUCUUCUCCUCCCACCUCGCCACAGAGCUCUCCAAGGAAAAGUUAUACUCUGGCUCCCAGUGGUACCGUGGAUAACUUUUCAGACUCUGGUCACAGUGAAAUUUCUUCCAGAUCUAGCAUUGUCAGCAAUUCUUCAUUUGACUCCAUGCCAGUAUCACUACAUGAUGACAGGAGACAGAGGCACUCAGUCAGCAUUGUGGAGACUAAUCUUGGAGUGGGCAGGAUUGACCGAAGAGCCAUAAUUGAACCAGAUCAGUACAGCAUAGGCUACUACCCACCACUGUCAGAGAACAGAGGCUUGUAUGCUGGGGCAACCAUGCUUUCUUCUCCUAGCACUGAGGAGCUGUCACAGGAUCAGGGAGACCGAGCAUCACUUGAUGCAGCGGAUAGUGGCCGUGGCAGCUGGACUUCUUGUUCAAGUGGUUCCCAUGACAAUAUACAGACAAUACAGCACCAGCGAAGUUGGGAGAUUCUUCCUUUUGGACAUGCUCAUUUCGAUAGUUCAGGCGAUGGGGCAGGACUGUGGGCCUCAGGCAGCCACAUGGACCCGAUGAUGUUCUCCGAUCAUGGCACAAAGUAUGGCAGGCAGAGUCAAGGUAGGGAGGGCCUUGAUCAAGCACAGUCCAGAGCAAGCUGGGCAUCCUCCACAGGCUACUGGGGAGAGGACUCUGAAGGUGAUACAGGUACCAUAAAACGGAGGGGUGGGAAGGAUGUGUCAAUUGAAGCUGAAACCAGUAGCAUAACAUCUAUGACAGCAGAGGAUUCAAAGCCAGUUCCCAUGCCAGCUCAUAUAGCUGUGUCAACAAGUAAUACAAAGGGUCUUAUUGCUCGAAAAGAGGGCCGCUAUCGUGAACCACCACCAACCCCGCCUGGUUAUGUAGGAAUACCUAUUGCUGACUUUGCUGAAGGAGUUUCCCACCCAGCCCGAAAACCUCCGGAUUACAACGUGGCACUUCAGAGGUCUAGGAUGGUGGCACGGUCAAGUGAAGCUCCUGGGACUUCAGCUUCACAGCAGCAACCGCAAGGUCCUCCAUCUAGCAGGCCUGUGGGCAAACCUCAGUGGCACAAACCAAAUGAGUCAGACCCACAUCUGGUUCACUAUCAGUCUCAAGGGUUUUCCACAGAGGAGGAUGAAGAUGAGCAAGUCUCUGCCGUCUAAGAACUGGGGCUUUCUGGAUCCUGCGUGAGCCAACUUAAAGGAGAGCACAAGACGACGCCCCUAGUAUAGGAGCCUUGGAACUCUAAAGGAUGGUGGACCUGUUUGCCUCCUUCCCUGCCUUAAAGCAGCAUGGGGCUUCUCCCCCUUCCUCCAGCACUCUUCUUCCCUUGCAUGUGAAAUACUGUGAAGAAAUUGCCCUGGCUCUUUUCAAACUGUGUUGCUUGAAAUGCACAUUGCAGUGGUUUCCCAGCUACCACUGUUGCUGUCUGCCACAUCACAGUAUCAUUCUAACUUCCAACAUCUACACAUCACAAUGAAUGACUGACUGCACUUCUCAAAUGCCUGGAAGCAUUUUUUUAAAACCUUCCUCAGAUCUUAAUCACAUUCAGAGGUAUAGUGGGGGGGGGGCGGCUUCAGGGGGGAGCACAGAGGGCACUGGAGCUGCUGCUUCCUUCUCAGCAAAAGGGAUGUGGCAGCUUUAUGCGCUGGCCCUGCGCCGCUUUUGCAGGCAACAUGGGACCCUCAGUGUUCCCCUCAGCCACCCUCCAGCUAAAGGGCAUCCAGAAGAGAUGUGGUGGCUUGGGCACCCUGCAGGUCCGGCACUGCCCUCAAAAGCAGUGUGGGGCCAGCACACAGAGCUGCCGCGUCUAUCCAACUGAAGGAUUCAGCAGCUCUGGCAUCCUAUCCCCCCCCCCUCCUAAGACUGCACGUGGGGCAAUGUCCUCCCCUCCAGCACCUCUCAGGCUACGCCUGUAAUUGUGAUUAAGAUUAGAGGAAGGUUUUAAAUGCUUCCAGGCAUUGGGGAAGUGCAGUCAGUUAUUCAUUGUGAUGUGUAGAUGUUGGAAGUACACGUUGAUUCCCAACUAAGAAAAAUGCUGACAUGUAUUUCUGGAUGGUUCAGUGGUAUCGGUGAGGGUGAUCUGGCUGCGACAUCUGUCACCCCAUUGAUCGCCAGGGUUGAUUCGGCUGAUCUGGCUAGCUAGGCGGGUGUCCCCUUCCUCCCUCACCGCUCCAUGUGCGUCCCUCCCGAAGCUGCGCGCUCGGUGGAAGAGGACGACCUUCCCA